AUGGCAACCAUGGUGAACAUGAAUAACCUCCUCAAUGGCAAAGACUCUCGCUGGCUGCAGCUGGAAGUGUGCCGCGAAUUCCAACGGAAUAAGUGCUCGCGGCCCGACACCGAAUGCAAGUUCGCGCACCCGCCGGCGACCGUCGAGGUGCAGAACGGAAGGGUCACCGCGUGCUACGACAGCAUCAAGUCCGAGACGUUAAACAAUGGACGGGCGUGCAUUGUGCGCGCUUUGUGCACCGGAGUAUCGCACAUUCCAUACAAUGACGCCGCCUCCGCUGCGGCCGGCUCGCCC